UUGAAAGUCAAAUAAAUCAACUCGAUUGCUACACUCACAAUGGGCUCUGAAGCACAACGGGUUCGCGCCGCGGUCCUCGCGCGCGACACCAACGAGACGAAGAUCCAGCUGGCCAUCAACAUCGAUGGGGGUGCCUUUCCCGAGGGCAUUGACGAGCGCCUCGUUGCGUCCCUGGAGGGCCAUGCGAGCCAGGUCACGAAGAGCCAGACGAUUAGCAUAAACACCGGAGUUGGAUUCUUGGACCACAUGCUGCAUGCGCUGGCGAAGCAUGCUGGGUGGAGUUUGGCACUCAGGUGUCAGGGUGAUCUUCACAUUGAUGAUCACCACAGCGCAGAAGAUGUCUGCAUCGCCCUUGGCUCUAUGUUUAAAGAAGCUCUCGGCGCACCCAUUGGCGUCGCCCGCUUCGGAUCCGCCUACUGCCCUCUUGACGAGGCCCUAUCCCGCGCUGUUGUCGACCUCUCGAACCGGCCCUACGCCAUCAUUGAGCUCGGUCUCAAGCGCGAGAAGAUCGGAGACCUGAGCUGCGAGAUGAUUCCCCACUGCAUGGAGAGCUUCGCCCAGGCGGCGAGGAUCACCAUCCAUGUGGAUUGCCUGCGGGGUUUCAAUGACCACCACAGAGCGGAGAGUGCGUUCAAGGCUCUGGCUGUGGCUUUACGGACGGCGACGACAAAGGUUGCAGGACGGGAAGGGGAAGUCCCGAGUACUAAGGGCACAUUGAGCACUUAAACUAUUUAUGUAGCAGUAAGAAAUUAAAAGUUAACUCCCAA